AGGGGUUAAGUUAAGUUCGAGAGAUAGAUUAAGGCAAAGGGGAUAGAUAUAGAUAAGUUAAUAGAUUAAGGCAAAGGGGAUAGAUAUAGAUAAGUUAAUAGAUUAAGGUUAAGGGAAUAGAUAUAGAUAAGUUAACAGAUUAAGGUUAAGGGGAUAGAUUUAGAUAAGUUAAUGGAUUAAGGUUAAGGGGAUAGAUAUAGAUAAGUUAAUAGAUUAAGGUUAAGGGGAUAGAUAAGUUAAUAGAUUAAGGGUAAGUGGAUAGAUAUAGAUAAGUUAACAGAUUAAGGUUAAGGAGAUAGAUAUCGAUAAGUUAAUAGAUUAAGGUUAAAGGAUUAAGUUAAGGGGAUAGAUUAAGGUUAAAAGGUUAAGUUAAGGAGAUAGAUGUGCAGAACCACAGAGAUACAAUUAUGGUGAUUAGGAUAUCGAUUUAAUAGGAUUAUAUAAAUCUUGUAUAGCAAGUGCCAAAUAUGAAGUUUUCAAUGCAUUAUAAUGCAUUAUUAUAAAAAAAAUGCAUUAUGAUGCGUUGAUAAAUCAAUGUAUUGCAAUGGAUUAAUUAAAAAUAAUGCAUUAUAAUGCAUGAAAUAGGUUGCAUUAUCAUGUAAUUGCAUCCAUUGUAUUUCUAUUGUAAAAUAAUGCAUUGCAAUGUCCAUUAUUUCAUAAAAUCGGCUACAUGGGCAGUAAGUAGUCAUGAUUAGAAAAUAAAUAUUCUUUUCUGAAAAAAUUUGAGAAAAAUAAAGAUUUAGAAAGUUGUUUAACUCUUGUUCUUUAAACAAGUUAUGCUUUCGAACCAAAGCAAAAUGUAUUAAUUGAGCAAGUUAUACUAUUUUGUGUAGAAUUCUACGGCAAAUGUUUUGGAAAAAAUAAGAAAGUCUCAACAAUUAAAAAUAACCGAAAUAUCAACAAAAUACGAAUUGUCCAUUUAUUCUGCCGCACCCGUUAGUUAUAAUUCUUCACGAAAAACAUUUUUUUUAAAUAAAGGAAGGGGGGGGUCGAUUUCAUCGCUUAUCGACUCCCCUUCAGAAUUUCAACUGUAUCAUAGCGAAAUCAGUAUAUUGGGUGCCUGGAAGCGUUCUAUUACAGGAUUAAUGAAAUAGAGCUUGUUUUGGGGUGUGGGCGUGGGUGUUGAUCUCCGUCUCCGUCUGAGAGAAUAUCCGUAUCCUACUCUCACACCCACGCCCGAUAGUACAUGUGAGUACAUACCAAGCAAUUCUAAUGUUUUCGACGCAGUACAUGACAGUACAUCCUUACUGAUUCUAAACUUUUCCCCAGUACAUACGACGAUCAGAGUACAUGACAGUACAUGAGAGUGCAUCCCCAUUGAUUCUAAAUUUAUGGGGGUGAUGUUUAUUUCAGAGUACAUUUUGCAUUCGUACUCGCGGAGCCCUCAAAAGAAAUGAAUUUUUUAUGGUUUGUAAUAUUAUUUUCUUCUUUCUUCUCUACUUGAGAAAGUAGAUUAAACAAACUGAAAUAUUUUUGAACUAAUAUUGAAUAAUUACCGCUAACUAAAGUAAAGUUAUAAAUGAAACUGAUAAGUAUCUCGGGAGUAAAUAGAAUAAUUCUUAUCUUUUUUUGUUAUACUAUAUUGUUCUGCAUGUCAUGAUUUGUUGUUGCACAACGUGUAAGCAACAAUAGAUCUAUUUUCAUCUAUAUAAAUAAUCUACCUUAUUAUAAUGACAACAAAAAAAAUGUUGUUAAUUCUCUUUAUUCUUCUUGGAUAUGCAUUAUGUAGUCAAACAGCAAUUCUUCAAUGUGAUUUUGAAACACUUUGUAAUGAUUUUGAUGUUGAUACUAAUUGGGGUUUAACAGAUGGUUUUCAUCCUCAAUCUAUUAAUCAUGAUCAUACAUUAAACAAUAGUUCUGGUCAUUAUCUAUUCUAUAGUCCAAAAAGUUUACCACCAUUUUAUGAAAUAAAAACCGAGAUCAAAACAAAAGAUUGUCUUCCAUUUACAAUUCAAUUCGUACAAGAUGAUGAUGAACAACUUACACGAAUUGUUGCCUCAAUAUCUGGUAAAGAUCCAACAAUCAAUGAUUGGACAUUGUUUAAUAUAAUAUUACCAGCUGAGAAAAUCAAAAUAUUUAUUCGAUUGAAUACUUCAAUUAUUUCUUUAGGAUUUGAUGAUCUUUCUGUUGCUUACUGUGAUGAACCACGUACUUUACCUCCAAAGACUUUGUAUGCAUGUGAUUUUGAAUCGUCAUGCACAGAUAAUUUCUUUUCUUUAUCAGAUUAUCCAUAUGAAUGGUUGACAAUGAAUGCAAGUAAUGCUCUUAAAGUCGAAAAUAAAGCACCUCCGAUUGAUUUUACAUAUGGUAAUCAAUCGGGACAUUAUGCAUUUGUACAAGGGAGAAAAAGCGGAUUGUCGGAUUGUCGGAUCCUCUGUAUCCUCUGUAUC